CAUUGGAAUUUACCAACGCGAAGGGAGGUGCAGUACCGGUUGCACGCGUGUGGCGUACAUUGAAUGCUAUGACAGUUUCUUUCGAAUAUUUCGUCGAGAAAGUUACGUAAAAGUUUAUCGUUUCAUCAUUGAAUCAGUGGUACGAUGUUAUAGAAAGAAAAAGAAGUUAAGAAAAUCAUUGAUAUUAAUUUAUUGCCGAUAAACUGAUUCGACUUGACUCGACUCGACUCGACUCGACUCGACUCGACUCUUGUCCAACUUUCGUAAAGGAUAAAAAGUAUAAAAACGUUCUUGCGCGUCUCUCCGACAUCGAAGGAAUCAGGCGACAUUAUAUGGCGUCGUUGUACACGAAGAACCCGACAUUUCUUUUAUUACGUUAUAAAGUAUCUUUAAAUCACUUGAAUUAGUUCGUCGCGUCGUUAGGGAGAGUUUCGCGCGUAACCUUCGUUACGUACGCAUUUGUAAAGAGAGCGAGAGUGAGUGAGAGAGAGAGAGAGAAGAGAGAUAAGAAGAGAGAGAGAUAGUGAGAGAAAAUACAUAUACAUAUCCAUAUGUAGUGUAAGAAAAAGAGGCAAAAAGAGUGGGACCAGCUUGAGUUUAUUCGAUUAAAAGAGAGAGAAAGAGAGAGAGAGAAAGAAAAAAAGAAAGAAAGAAAAAGAGAAGGAAGAUCCAAAGGUACGGACUUCUUAUGAAUUUGAUCUUCAAAAAUAAAUUAAAAAACGUAUCUAACAAAGAUUAGACGCGCGACUAAAAAAUUAGAAAAAAAAAGAGAGGGAGAGAGAGAAAGAAGACGAGAAAGAAAGAAAGAAAGAAAAAAAUAAAAGGAGGAAAAAAAAAAUAAAAUAAAAUAAAGGGCGUGGAUUUGUAUCUGUAGGACGAUUAAUUAGGAAUACAGAUAUAUACGAUAUAAAAACGUUUGCCAUAAGCCAUGGGUAAGACGCCAAAGAAGGCGGCCCCUGGGGGCGAUGAGAGGAAUUUGUACGUUCGGAGAAUCAAGGCAACGACCGCGCCGUCAAAAAGUUUUGAAUCUAUCUUACCUGAGAGACAGCGCGAGUCGGAGAAUUCGAACAGACCAAAGCUGAGUAAUAUACAGAAAAAAGUACUUCCUGGUUCUGCAAAAAAAAGUAAACUUCAUAGUGCAGCAUAUAAUUUGAAUCAAUCAACAAAGAGCUUAACUAAGGAAAUUAGUAAAGAAGGUAAAGUGCAAAGUACCCUUCAACAUUUACGAAUAGCAAAACAAAAGAUGCAGCCUAAACUGGAAGAAGCAGAAACAGCAAGUAGUAUAUCUACAGAGAAGGAUGAAAAGGAGGAGAUUAUAAGUGAUGUAGGUAACAAAAAAGAAGAAGCUCCAACCAAAGACAGUAAUAUUAAUCAUAUAACGGAUGAACAAGAUUCUACAUUGAGUACGAAUACUGAGAAAAAGACUGCAGAGAGUAUAGAAGAAGAUACAACAUCGAUACAAAAUGAAAUAAAAUUACAGGAUAAAGAGAAUGACAAAAAAGAAAAUUUGGAAGAGAAUAAAAAAGAAUCCAGAGAAGAAGAGCAAGAUGAAGUACAAUUAACUUUGCGAGUGGAGGAUAGUCCUGUGAAACCACAAGAGAGUGUAUCUACUGUUAGUAUAACAAAUGAUGAAAAUGAAUCGGAGGAAUUACCUCAAAUACAAGAAGUAAACGAUAAUACGAAAGAAAAGAAAAGUUCACAAACAGAAUCUGAAGCAGGAACAGAAAGUUGUUCCAUAGAUAUAGUAGAAUCUGUAACGUCUGAAUUAUCUGAGGUAUCUGAAUCUCCAAGUCAACAGGAUACUCAGAAAGAAAGGGAAAACUUUGACCAAAACAUAAAGAAUGAAAUUUCAGGUGUAAAUUAUGACGCAUCAGUAACAUUAAAAGAUGUACAAAUUAAAUUAAAUGAUUGUCUUAAAGAAAAAUAUAAGCAUGUUGAAGUAUGCGAUACUGAUAAUAAUAUAUCUAACUUAUCUUCAAGCGAUACUUUUGGUAAAACUUUGCGGAAUAUUUCUGGAAGAUCUGCUAUCAAUAGAUUUCGACAUACAUCGUCGUUCGAUUAUAGGUUUUCUCCAAAUGAUACACAGUUAACAAACGUAUCAAUGUUAUCGUCACCACGAAGAGAAAUGACAAAUGUAAAAAUUUUACGUUACAGUACAGGAUUAUCAGAUAUAAUGUCCAGUAAUGGUAAUCCUGUCGAAAGAAAACGUAAACUUGAAUCUCCUGAUUCAUUUACCAUAAAGAAACAAAAAACAGAGCAAAAUAGUUUGUUGAAUACAUCAAUGGAUCUUUUGAGAGGGUUACGUAAACCAAUACAAAUUUCGACACCAAAUGUAAGUUACAAGGUACAAUCUGAUAAAUUAAAUAUUAGAGAAAUAAAUGAUGGUAAUGAUAAGUUUUUACCAACGCAUACUGAUGAUGGUACAAAAAAAUGGUGUGUCAUUAUGUAAAGUAAUGAAAAAACUGAAUUAUUAUCUAUAAGUAUUUUUCUAUACUUCAUAAUUAUAGGAGAAGUAAUAAUCCUAAUCUGUAUGUUAGUAAUAAUGUUAAAAAAAAAUUGUUAUCCUUUUUUUUACUUGCUUAGUAUAAAGUUUAUACAUAUAGAAAGCAUAUGUACAUGUUUUCAUUUGUAUAUCUUGAUAAAGACUGCACAGUAGAAUUUACUUCUCCUAUAAAUCUUAUAUGCAUAUAUAUAUAUAUAUAUAUAUAUAUAU